ACGUCAUGGUGCGUAGUGUUUUUGUGGUUAUGUUACGUCAGUUCUGAGUGUUUUCUAGAAUUUUUGACUUUAUUUAUAAACAUCCAUCAUAUUAGAAAGUUACCAUUCGUUACCAUGGAGCUCCCGAGUUUAGGUAACCACUGUUCGAACAAAUCCUGCAAUAAAUUAGAUUUCCUGCCUAUAAAAUGUGACGCUUGCGGACAAAUAUUUUGCAAUGAACAUUAUAACUACUUAACACAUAACUGCCCAGAAUCUUACAAAAAGAACAACCAAGUGCCUGUUUGCCCAUUGUGCAACAUUCCAAUACCUGUAGGUGGUAAAUUACCAGAUGUUGCAGUUAGUGCACACAUAGACAGUGACUGUCAAUCUGAUCCUGCUAAAAAUAGAAGAAAAGUUUUCACAAAUAAAUGCACAAGAAAAGGUUGUAAAGUGAAAGAAGUUAUUCGUGUGAUUUGUGAAGAUUGCAAAAUGAAUUAUUGCUUAAAACAUCGACAUCCCAUAGACCACGAUUGCAAAGGAAAAUCUACCAUUAAAACUAUGGCAGGAAAUGCUGCUGUUACAAGACAAAAUAUUCAUAGACAAAAAAAUCACAUCCAAACUAAUACAAUGUCAAUUACAAAAGCUGUACAUGGAACAAUGACAGAAGAUGAAGCCUUAGCGAGAGCUUUAGCACUUUCUUUGGAAGACUCAAAUAAUCCAAGAAUGACACAAGAAGAAAUUGAUUUAGCAUUGGCAAGACAAUUACAAGCAUCUGAAUCAGAAACUCAAGUAGGUGGUGUAAGAAAUUCAACAAGAGAUCGAUGCUCUUUAUCAUAAAAUUAAAAACAUUUUUUAAAUCAACAAAAGGAUAAUUCCUAGCAACUUUUAAAGACAACCAGCUUAUUAUCAAUAAGGUUUUUUUUUAUUAUGAAUAAAUAAAAUUAAGAUUACAAUCCGCA